AUGGUCGAUGAGCAUUUGCGGGUUAAGGAUCGAAAGAAUGAAUUCGCCAUUGGAGAUAUCACUAAUAUUCCGAACGUCUUUGUAAGACCCACUAAAACCGAGUUCAUUUCACUAUCAUUCAACCUACCAAACUCGUAUUCAACAUUUGGCGCCCACCGUGGGACCUUACAGAGUAACGUUCACAAACUCAGUAUGAGUCCUGACGACACACCCGCUGACGGUAACCGACCGUCGGUCUCUGUUACGCCGGCUCCCGAUGCUCCGGUCGCACCGAACCAAUCCGUUCCCGAGAUGCUGCAGGCCAUCAUGGCACGUUUCAUCCAACAAGAAGAAACCAACAAAGCCACGAGCGACCGUCUGGCCGCACUCGCUGCUGCUCUCGGAACCCUAGAUGGCGAAAACGACAGGGCGGAAACGGCAAGAAGAAGGUUGUUCGCAACCGCAAACCCUAAUCUUGGAGUCGAACGACCAACAGAAGAAGCAAACCCUACGAACGGUGAGGUUGCACAAAGGACUGACGGCUCAGACUCUCUGACUAGCCGCCAGAUCGCCGAUCUGCAACUCUCACUGCGGGAUAUCCAUUCUAAGAUACAUCAUGUCAAGGCAUCCACACCAGAGAUCGAACGUGUUCUCGCCACCACCCAGCGAAACCCUUUCACUCAGAGAAUAACGAAAGUCAAGAUCAAGAAGACGGAGAAACUCCGUAUCCCUCCAUACAAGGGAGAUUCAGAUCAGACCGAUCACAUGACCGCUUUCAACAUCGCUAUGGGUCGAAAUCACUUUUCCGACGAAGAGAAAGACGCAGGCCUCUGCCAACUCUUCGUCGAGAGCCUUUCCGGACCGGCCCUAAGUUGGUUUUCACAUUUGAAGGAAGGUUCGAUCGAUAGCUUCGACGACCUGUCCGCCUCUUUCCUCAAAAACUAUAUCAUGUGGUCUCGUCAAGGAACAUCCAUGGCCGACCUAUGGAAGUUGUCCCAAUCGCAAAACGAGAGUCUGAAGGACUUUAUGGAAAGAUUCAAGCAAGUACUAUCAACGGUAUCUACCCCGGAUCACACUACCGUCGAAGCUUUGACCAACGCUCUUUGGAUCAACUCCAAGUUUCGCGAGUACCUCGGGACUAACCCAACCAUAACCAUCGAAGACGCUCUGCACGACUUAAAGAACUUUACCAAAAUGGACGAAGACAGGCGAGCUUACAACGCCAAGCAACAUGCUCUAAAGCCAACAGCAUCGAAGACAUCGAACGCCCAGGAGCCACGACAACACGCCCCUUACCAAAAGAAAGGACCUGUCUACGCCGUCGCCGAAGACGAUCAAUCUGGCGUAGUUGCCGCGGUACGUGAACCAGGGUGGAAUGUAUGGGAACGCGAUACCGAAGGAAAGGCGCAGCAGUCCCACAAACCUGCUGCGCCCGCCAACUCUAAGAGCUCGUACGACCAGAACAAGUUCUGCAAGUAUCAUGAUAUGAGAGGUCAUGACACCAAAGAAUGCAGACACCUCUACGAGGCAUGGCUCGCCUCCACCAGCGACGGUCGUACCGAGGUUGAACCACCAAAACCAAAGACGACCAAAAACAGUAAAAGUUGGAGCAAGAGCAAGGAUAAGAAGAAAAAGUCCAAUGAAAAGAAAGAAGAGGACUCCCCUCCGACAGAUGAUGGCGACCAAUCGCAUCAUGACGAGGAGUCAACCUCCAACGAAGAAAAACCAAAAGCUCGGUGA